CCGAGAAUAGGAAGUGUCGAUCAGUAGUAAGGGCUUAACAUGGUAGAUAAGUAGUAUCUAGUUAAUAUAAACUAAACGCUGAAGAUUUUUCGCAUCUCGUCCUUAAACUUGGAUGUUUUCCAGUACCAAGAGAUACUCGCCAACUAAUUUUUAGACCGAGGAGUUACGUCUCUUGCACAUAUUGCGCCGUGUGGUUGGUCUUUUGUGUGGCACUAGCUUUUUAGCUGAACGCCUUCUCAGCCAGUUACUACUCUGCUAGCCUAGCACUGCAUUGGAAUUUGUUAGCUUGUUUGACAGCUACAGCAGCUAAAAUUAACCAGGCUGGUAUCCAGAGCGAACUAGGUUCCGUUUUUCCGUACGUGUGUGUGUGCGUGUGUUUAUUUAUGCUACUUAUCAAAGUGAGACUCAACUGUACCUGAAUGUUUGGUGACAGAUAUAGCAGCAGCUACAGCUAGCAGAGUGUUAGCUUGUCAACAACAGCAAUGGGCUUCCAGAGGUGUUUGAAGACGACGAGGACGUUUUAUUUGUUGACCAUUCUGCUGAUAGUCUUCGUCAAAGGAAUAACAUCAGAUGAAGACCAACAUGGGAAUGACGGACCAGAGCUAAAGUCUUACCAUGACCCAGACGAUGAGGAGGAAGAUGUCCAUCUGGCAUCAGUAAUUGUGGCAGGUGCUUCUGUGAACUCUGCUCACGAAGUUUCCCAGCCAGAGAUGGAGAAACAGUCACCUGGAGAUGAACUGGAGGGAGAGGAGAAGGAGGAUCUGCCUGAGCAGCCUACUCCAGUUGAGGAGAAACCUAAAGAGGUCCCUGUGGUGAAUGGAGGUACAGCCCAUGGAGAGCCCUGCAUCUUCCCAUUCCUCUUCCAGGGAAGGGAGUACUCAGACUGUACCACUGAUGGACGAGGGGAUGGACGGCUGUGGUGCGCCACAACCUAUGACUAUGACCAGGAGAAAAAGUGGGGUUUCUGUGAGACGGAGGAACAGGCACAGCAGAGACUGCAGGCAGAGGAGGCUGAGGAGCAGUAUCAGACUGUCCUACGUAUGCUCAAUGCCACCACCAGGAAGACACAGAAAAAAGAACUGUAUGAAAAGCUGCUCAAAGUAGCAGAGAAGGGCCACCAGAAGGCCAUGGAGAAGGUGGCCUACGCCAUGCUGUUUGGAGAUUACAUGAACCAGAACAUCACUAAGGCCAAAGAAAUGUUUGAGAAGCUUGCCAUGGAGGGCUCACCCAAAGCUCAGAUGGCUCUUGGCUUUCUGUAUGCUGCAGGACUUGGAGUUAACUCGAGUCAAGCUAAGGCCUUGGUUUACUACACCUUCGGUGCACUCGGUGGAAACUUGGUAGCUCAUAUGAUUCUGGGAUACAGAUACUGGGGAGGUGUGGGUGUUCCCCAGAGCUGUGAGUCAGCUUUAACACACUAUAGGCUCGUGGCAAAUCAGGUGGCCAGUGAUGUGUCCCUAACAGGGGGCUCAGCUGUGCAAAGGAUCAGGCUUCUGGAUGAGGUGGAGAACCCGGGCUCCACCAGCGGGAUGUUGGAGGAGGACCUGAUCCAGUACUACCAGUUCCUAGCUGAGAAAGGAGAUGUACAAGCUCAGGUGGGGUUAGGUCAGCUUCACCUGCAUGGAGGACGUGGAGUUGAACAAAAUCACCAGAGGGCGUAUGACUACUUCACCCAGGCUGCAAAUGCAGGGAAUACACAUGCCAUGGCUUUCCUCGGGAAGAUGUACUCAGAAGGCAGCGAGUUUCUCCCUCAGAACAACGAGACGGCCCUGCAGUACUUCAAGAAGGCUUCAGACUUGGGUAAUCCAGUGGGACAGAGUGGCCUGGGCAUGGCCUAUUUAUAUGGAAGAGGUGUCCCAGUGAACUAUGAGCUGGCACUGAAAUACUUCCAGAAGGCAGCAGAGCAGGGCUGGGUGGAUGGACAACUCCAGCUGGGCACCAUGUAUUACAAUGGCAUUGGUGUGAAGCGUGAUUACAAACAGGCACUCAAGUUCUUCAACUUGGCCUCACAGGCAGGCCACAUACUGGCUUUCUACAACUUGGCCCAGAUGCACGCCACGGGUACCGGUGUGAUGCGCUCCUGCCACACUGCUGUGGAGCUUUUCAAGAAUGUGUGUGAGCGCGGUCGCUGGUCAGAGCGUCUAAUGACGGCCUACGGCAGCUAUAAGGAGGGAGAGACGGACGCUGCGCUGGUUCAGUAUCUGCUGCUGGCUGAGCAGGGCUACGAGGUGGCCCAAAGCAACGUGGCCUUCAUUCUGGACCAGAAAGGGGCAAAGAUUUUCAGUGAGAAUGAGACCUACCCUCGUGCUUUGCUCCACUGGACAAGAGCUGCAGCACAAGGUUACACUGUGGCUAGGAUAAAACUAGGGGACUAUCAUUUCUAUGGCUAUGGGACGGAUGUGGACUAUGAGACAGCCGUCAUCCACUACAGACUGGCAUCAGAGCAGCAGCACAGUGCCCAGGCCAUGUUCAACCUGGGUUAUAUGCAUGAGAAAGGCCUGGGCAUCAAACAGGACAUCCAUUUAGCCAAGCGUUUCUAUGACAUGGCAGCAGAAGCCAGUCCUGAUGCCCAGGUCCCAGUUUUCCUGGCCCUGUGCAAGCUGGGCCUGAUUUACACGCUUCAGUACGUGCAGGAUCUUAAUCUGAAGGAGAUGAUUUCUCAGGUGGACCUGGACCAGCUCCUGGGCCCGGAGUGGGACCUCUACCUUAUGACUGUCAUCGCACUGCUCUUGGGCACGGUCAUCGCUUACCGACAGCGCCAACACCAAAUCAUAGUGCUGCCUCGUCCCCCUGCCCCUGCCCCAGCAGCACCUCCCCCCCGACCGCCUCAGGAACAGCCGCAAGCCCAGGCUGAGACCCAGGGUCAGGGAGAAACACAAGCCCAGGGGCCGGCCCAGGAGGAAGAGGAGCAGCAGUGAGAGGAAGCCAGACGGAGCAAGGGCCGGAAUAGACAGACAGGCUGUGCCAGCCCACUGCACGGAGCAGCUGGUGCUUACUAGCUGAAUACCUGCUAGUUCAAGCACCUCUCCCACUCCGCCUGCUCCUCUCCACAUGCUAAAAAAAAAAAAACAAAAAAUGACAGAGACGGCUGCUGAACUGCUCAGUCUCACAACUCCCUUUCUCCAUUUAAAAUAUGCUGGUCCUGUGCUUAGAGCAAGACAGUGGAGGUGUUUAUGGACAGUGCUGCAGAACAGAGUGUUGAGGAUAACACAGGCUUGGGACUUGUUAGUCUGUGACUCAGGAUAGUGCCAGAAGCACCCAUGUCCUCACCAUGGAAAUAGUCUUGCAGUUGCCAGAUCAAAGGCGUUUUGGUCAACAUAGUUGGAGUCUGAUAUGUGCAUUAGUUUCUUCUCACUUUCCUUUUUUCAUUUUUUUGUUUUUUGGGGGUUUUUUUUGUGAAAAUUACUCACAAUUAAACUGCUUCAAUUCUAAUUUUGUGCAGUAUUUAGAAAGAGAAUCAGUCAGGAAAAUGUGAACUAGGAUCAUUUUAUUUGCUAGCUAAAAGAAGUCAUGUUUUUGCAUGUUUUGCAGACGUAAGGCACCUUUUUUUUUUCAUACACCCAGCGAGUGAACAAGUUUUGCAUUUGUUUUUUGCGUCGCAAUUUUGCGUUCAUUAGUUUAAUUGACAUGCUGUCAGGUCAGUACCUUUUCAAACCUGCAAUUCACAGAGAACGACUCAACAUUAGUGACCGUGCUAAAAUGUUCUAAAGCCAUGUUAUGUCAUCAGUAUAAGAACAUGAAACGUGUUAAGUGGUUUACUUUAUCUAAUAGAAAAGCUGGACUGGAUGCUUGUUUGAUAAAUUAUUUAAUUUUAAGCACACUAGUUGAUGUUUUGUGUUUUCAACAUGGCAGACGUCUAGAAAGAACGAGAAGCUGCUGAAGUCAGACGAGGCUCAGCUGUCACCAAAAAUCCCUGAUGCAGAUCCUGUUUGAAAAUUCAUACAGACGUCUUUCACUCUCAGAGCAUAGUGAAAGCAGAGUGCACAGCCUUUUAAAAAAUUCAUUUUAAAGAGAAAUCUAUGUAUACAGUCCAGUGAGAGGGAGCAGAGAACAGUUUUUUGAAGGUGUGCUGUUCAUUGGUGUGAUCUUUUUACCACCAGCAUGCUAUGAUUAGCUGGUUUUGGGAAAGAACCCCCCCCCUCCUUUUUUUUUUAAGUUUAUUAAGCUUUGUGUUAGCUGAGGCGGUAAUUGGAACAGCCUUAAAGAUAACAGCACCUCAAACAAACUCUGGAUUGUUGGAUUGUUUCUACAUCAGAGGAAGAGACUUUUUUUUCUGUUACCCAACUUCAGCUGUUGUGAGAAUUUCCACCCCCUCACCAAAGUCCAAGUUGGAGCUCUGUGCUCUGCCUACACUUUUCAGCUCAGAUGGACCUAAAUCUGAUUCUGAAAUGGGAAACAAGUGAAGCCAUGAUUAGGCCAUCCAGUAUUUGUCCAGACAAGAUUAGAAACUUCUAAUUUUGCCACAUGCAGCUCUUAUUCUCUAAAGUCCAUUUGUUCAGUUCCACAGUACUGUACGUGCUUGUCGUUAGAAAUACUGAGAAUUUGUCCACCAGUACAUCUGCAUGAAGUGUAUGAAGUCAAAAAGGACAGUAAAAUGUCAACUGCAGGAUGAAAAGAAAUUAUUCCAAACUUUAAAUGACACUGAGGUCCCUGCAUUCAUGCAUUAAUACCCACAUAACUCCCAGUUUGUCUGAAAUGAAACACUGGUGAAGAUUGUCGUGAAGACUGCAUUUUUACCAUCGCAAAAAAGAAGUUUAUAAAGAAAUUAAUAAAUGAUAUAUGGAUAUUUAA